ACUAAAGAUUGUUUGAGGAAGUAACGAGCGAGGGCUAUGUUUGACCGGGUCUUUCUUAAGUAAAGGGGUUUUCCAACGAAACGUGGAAGGCUAGAUAUAAGAUGUGCUUUCAUGAUUGAUAUGAUUCAUGUAUCUGAUAGGAAUUUAUCAAUUACUGCCGUUGCCUUGGGGAUAAUCAAAGCCUUUCUGGAAUCACCUAAUGAUUUUUUUCGAAAUUGCUUAAAUAAGGUUAUCUUUUCUUUGGAAAUAAAUGCUGCUCUCAUUUUAAGCUUUUCGAGUCCACGAUGUGUAAGUUGGACAUUUCUGCUCAUGCUCAAAAAGCGACGAUAGACGUCCACUUGAUGGCAACAUCCAAUCACAAGCAAGGAAACAUUCUAUCUCGAAUGCUAGAUAUACAAAGCAAUCCACCUUGGCUAUUACUCGCUAAAUUUUAUCUCGCAUUUACGGGGAACUCCAAAAUUAUUCAGCGUGAAAUACCAAGACCGGAAAAGAUGUUUAAUUAAGAUGGUAUUUCAAAGAAUGUGUCAAAGGUAAAUGCUUUGAAAUUCAAAUUGGUAGAUCCAUUCAGCGAAGCAACACGGACUAAAAGGGUGACGUCGGCAGGCUGGCAUGAAAAGAGCCAAACAGAGUUAAAGUUCUUUAUUUUCCAAGAGACAGGGACUAAGGAAGUCACGCGGAGAAAAUAUCCGAGAAAGAUUAUAAAAGGACUUCAUCAAGACAUAAUCUAUUCAGAUUGAGAGAACGUAACGAAAGACGACACCAAUCGCUGAAAUCUAUCGCUCUAUACUUUUAGUGUUCUAGAACUGAUGUAGAGAGUGAGCGAAGAAAUCACUGACAAACGUUUUGUUACCUGCAUGAAGAAAACAGAAAGAGAAAGCGUUGGUGGACGGACGUGAGAUGGAUCUAUGGUCUUGGUCUGAUAAGUCAGCAUUUUGACAAGCGGCUCACACACCACUAGGAAGGGAUUUUCAAGAAAGAUCUUCAACACGGCGCGUGUCGUCACAUCUCUAAGUCAGUGUUAAUGAACUCGAGUGUGUACAUGUUUUUAUGUAUUUUUAAUCCGCCUUGCUCUUGGAGACUCUCGACCAACAAGAUCACGGAUAUAACAAAUCCCCAAGAUGACGACUGCAUUGUCAAAAAAAGACAUUCCGUUGUUAAUGAUUUCCAUUAUUGCUGUUGUAGCUAAUCUUUUCGUCUGUGUCCUCGUCUUCGCCAAGAGACGACUGCGUACCCGUACUAAUAAAUUCGUCGUCUCAUUGGCUAUAUCAGACAUUCUGAUCGCAGGCAUUUUACUCCCGAUAUGCCUUGCGCAGGUCAACCCGACUGUCAUCGCCUAUAUGGGUUCCAUCACCCUUUUGGCUGGGGUAGCUAACAUCAGUGUUGUUACAAUAGAUCGCUACAUUGCUGUGUUUAAACCGUUCAGAUACAGCGAGAUAAUGCGCCUCUGGUUCGCUAAGAUCAUUGUUCUCGCCUGGUCAUUAAGUAUUGCUGUUUCUCUUAUUCCGCUCUUCUGGAACACAGACCCGACGACAACGGCACAUCGCGUCUACAUCUACACAGCGCAAAUUGGCCUUGUCGUCUUCUCCUAUGUCUUAAUAUUUGUUGCGUAUAUCAGAAUCUUCCGUAAAGUCCACCAGACCGUCAAAAAAGAGAGAAUCUUAAUGCUAUCUUUAGCAAAAUCUCAUGGGCAGGAAUUCGAAAAUAAUUCAAGGGCGUCACCAAGCUCCUCCGAGUCGAAAGUUGCGCGAGUUUCUAUCAUAAUCGCAGCCAAUUUUAUGCUGACAUGGCUGCCAGUGGAAUACAUGACUUUCAUGGGUAACCUAGGAAAGGAAGAGUAUAUCCCGGAAUCCUUGUCUAGCAUCUCUUUUUACACCAUUGCCUUGGGUGCACUGAUCGAUCCCAUGGUUUAUUCUUACCUCAAGUCCGACUUUAGACAAGCCAUCAAGAGUUUAUUUGUAAAGCGGUCCCGAGAAAACGAGAUGAGUAGCACGCAAGGGUUUCUGGGACAGACAAGACGGCUGGAAAGUGGACAACGAUCUACACUCAUAUAAAAAACGAUGGACAUACGAUACUUGGAGUAUUCCCUUAUAAAAAACAGGAUAACGAGUCAUUAAACAGCUAACGGCAAAAUGUAGAUAUUAAAGCUUUAAAGCCAAAUUACUAAAUCGCAAUUUUGACUGCGCUCCAAUCAUAGUAAAAAUCGAUCACUUCGGUCUACUGUUCUACCGUCUAUACUAUCUCUCCCCCAGGCCAAUACAGAUAAGUAUAAAUUACUUUCCUUAGAAACUAUAGGCCGGAAACGAUACAAUACGAAAUGGUAGAUUUUUUUCUUCUGCUAGAGACUGUGGAACAAAAAUAUGUUUUUUUCUAAGACAGAACGGGUAAAAUAAAUAAGAAUGUGAAUUUUGGAUUCGUGAUGCGAGUUGAGAGGAGAACAAAUAUGUCCCUGAUAACAACUGUUUUUCAAGUGUGCGUCUGUGCGAUCUUAAUGGGUUUAUUGCUAUCCAUGUAGACUGAAAUGUCCCCAGGUCAUGCACACAUCGUUUUCACACUAAAAGUAAAGAGGUGAAAAUAUUAAACUUCGAGUUUAUGGAUUUUAAAAAGACAAUAAAGAAUCUUACAAUAUGAAUAUCUUGUUGAGGAAGUCAUGCUGAGAUGAGAUGCUUGCUAAAACACUUGACCGAACCCUUCAGCAGUAUUUAAAUUGCUGUUAAAGCUGUUAAACUCAGGGCAAAUAAAACAAAAUUUAAUCAAAUGAAAUAAAAUAUUCUCCGUGA